AUGAACUUAACACGAUUCUCUAGAGGACUGUUCAAUUUGCUCAAAACAUCGAAGUCAAGUGGAUUACGUUCUCUCUAUAUUCAAGUUCAAGACACACCAAAUCCACUGUCCCUGAAAUUCUUACCUGGGCAGACUCUACCUGAUAAUCCACGUACAUAUGAAUACACCAGUGUGGCAUCUGCCAAGGACAGCCCUCUAGCAAUGGAACUCUUUUGUGUUGACGGUGUGAAAUCCGUUUUCCUCGGACAGGAUUUCAUCACAAUCACAAAAAAAGACGAAGAGACGGAUUGGGCGACGAUGCGGGCAGAAAUAUUCUCCACAAUAGCGAACUUCAUUGAGUCAGGGAAACCUGUUAUUCGACAGAAUGGUUCAGCUCCUGUUCACGAAGAUACAGAAAUCAAUGAAAACGAUGAUGAUACGGUGGCGAUGAUCAAAGAGUUAUUAGAUUCCCGUGUGCGCCCUAUGGUUCAAGAGGAUGGCGGCGACGUGACAUAUAUGGGUUUCGAAGAUGGAACUGUAAAAUUGAAACUGAAGGGUUCCUGCACUGGUUGUCCCAGCUCCUCCGUUACUCUCAAGUCUGGCAUCCAAAACAUGCUGCACUUCUACGUUCCUGAGGUUAAAGAGGUGGUGGAAGUAACUGAUGAAUCGGAUGAUCUGGCUCAACGCGAGUUAGAGAAGUUUGAGAAGUCACGAGGUAUCGUCGAUUAA